AUGGCCAACCCGAAGCAACCAGGUCGUCAAUUUUCCUUGGGCGCCUCCGCGCACCGCAGGAGACAGAUGAGCACUAUGCACGAGCAGGGUAAUCAUUUUGGCCCAGCUCUAACUACUCUCUAUUGCGGCAUCUCUGCCGUCUUCGCCGACUCUCACACGGCUGUUGUGGCCCUCGCAAUCCACGACACCGUCUACCUGAUUGACUUCACUGUCAAGUACAUCAAUCUCGACGAUGCCACGCAAACGGGUAACGAUGCCAUUGCCGACUACGUGAUCAAUACCCUUGAGGAUUAUGAGCAUACAAACUUCUCUAAGUUCAUUGGUGCCGGUUUGCCCAUGACUCUCAAAUAUAUGAGCCAGACUCUAUGCUCACGUCUCUGGCUCGACCUCGACAUCGUUCCCGUUGUUUUGCGUCCCGACGACGAGCACAAGGAGAAGAGCUUCUGGGACAUCAAGCGAGUUGACGAGCAAGCAGACUCCAUGGCUCGCAAGUGCAUCAUGAAUUUUGGUCCGUCUCUGGUUCCACUCCUUCAAGUGGGCUGGAGAGGUGUCGUCCAGACCGACGCCGGCUUCCGCGUGCAGCUCAACACGGUACAGAACCACAAAGACACUUGCGGCGCCCCAACUUGGGAUACCACCAUGCUUUAUGCCAAGAAACUUCGCGAGAACAAGAUCAAGAUCGCCUUCUUCAGCAGUACCCCUCAGGGAGGCGGCGUCGCCUUGAUGCGACACGCCCUCGUUCGGUUUGCGCGUCUCAUUGGCGUUGAUCUGACUUGGUAUGUACCCAAGCCAAGGCCUGGCGUUUUUAGGAUUACCAAGAACAUUCACAACAUCCUCCAGGGUGUAAGCCAUCCUGAUCAGCGCAUCUCAGCCGAGGAGAAGCAGUCCAUUAUCGAUUGGAUCACGGAAAAUGCGAACCGCUACUGGCUGUCCGAAGGAGGCCCUCUGCGACCUCCAGAAGAGGGUGGUGCCGACGUGGUCAUGAUUGACGACCCCCAAAUGCCUGGCUUGAUUCCUCUGAUCAAGAAGAUUACCCCUGACCGGCCCGUUCUUUACAGAUCCCAUAUCCAGAUCCGCAGCGACCUGACUGCAAAGGCUGGGUCGCCUCAGGAAGACAUCUGGAGCUUCUUGUGGAGCAACAUACAGCAUGCCGACAUGUUCAUCAGCCACCCCAUUCCCAUCUUUGUGCCGAACACGGUGCCUCGAAAGAAGGUGGUCUACUUCCCGGCUACCACCGACUGGCUUGACGGCUUGAACAAGCCUUUGAACAGAUGGGAUACGGGCUACUACGGCCACAUCUACAACAAUGCUUGUCGCAACCAGGGAAUGACUGAGCUUCAGUGGCCGGCCCGCAAGUACAUCAUCCAGGUGGCUCGCUUCGAUCCCUCCAAGGGCAUCCCUACCGUCAUUGAUUCUUAUGCCGAAUUUCGGCGGUUGCUGGAAGAAAAAGGCGAGACUGACAUCCCGCAGCUUGUUGUUUGCGGCAAUGGCUCCGUUGACGACCCCGAUGCCAGCAUGAUUUAUGACCAGACGAUGAACCAGCUCGAGAAACACUACCCUCAUCUAGUUACAGAUUGCAGCAUCAUGCGUCUCGAGCCCAACGACCAGCUUCUCAACACGGUCAUUGCCAACGCUCAUGUUGUCCUCCAGCUCUCCACCCGCGAAGGUUUUGAGGUCAAGGUCUCUGAGGCUUUGCAUGCCGGUCGACCGGUCAUUGCCACGCGGGCAGGCGGCAUUCCCCUCCAGGUCAAGGACAAUGUCAAUGGCUUCUUGGUGGAGCCUGGCGACCACAAGACGGUAGCAAGUCAUCUCUUGGACCUCUUCACUGACGAGGAGCUGCACAAGAAGAUGAGCUAUGCCGCCGCCACUGGUGUGAGCGACGAGGUAGGCACUGUCGGAAAUGCACUGGGCUGGUUCUACCUAGCCGCCAAAUGGGCUGAAGUCGGUGUCAAGCCUGGUCUGCGUGGGGAUGAACGCUGGGUUAACGACAUGGCCCGAGAAGAAGCCGGCAAGCCUUACUCGGAAGGCGAGAACCGUCUCCCGCGGCACUUUACCCAGAAUAAGGACGUUCCCAUUGCCUCUGGAAAGGUUAGCGCCCAGAAUGGGGAAAACGGCCAGUAA